GCAUCGUGGCAGGAGCUUGUGACUGGGGAUCAAGGACGUGAAUCCUCACUUUGAAGUAAAAGAGGGAGAGGAGAGGCGAGGGAGGCGCUAGCCUCUGGGCCUGACUUAGAAGUGUGCGAGCCUUUGAGACAGGGGUGGGAAGGUGGUAAUGAAAGACCUAGAGGUGGAUGGAAAUCGGGAUGAGUUCAGCGUGAGCAUGGUGAAGAGUGCUGAUUAAACUGGGAUCUCUUUGAUAACUUUAUUUUUAGACGUGGGAAACGUGAUUUGCCUAACCUCUGCUAGGGGUAAGCACCUGUGGCAGGUAACCCUCAGCAGAGCAGUGUCUCGGAUGCGUCCGUUUUCCAUGCCACAUGAAAAGCUAUCAAGCUGGAGAGGUGAUGCCAUCUGCAAUCUUGUCAUUUGCAAUGACUCCUCCCUCCGCAGCCAGCCCAUCAUCUUCAAUCCGGACUUCUUCGUGGAAAAGCUGCGCCAUGAAAAACCAGAGGUGUUCACGGAGCUGGUGGUCAGCAACAUUACCAGGCUCAUCGACCUGCCUGGGGCAGAGCUGGCCCAGCUAAUGGGAGAGGAAGACCCAAAACUGCCCGGGGCAAACAGCACGGCUUCUGGAUUCUUCCGUUCCUUGAUGUCUUUGAAACGCAAAGAGAAAGGGGUGGUGUUCGGCUCACCGCUGACAGAAGAAGGCAUCGCGCAGGUCUCCCAGUUAAUUGAGUAUCUGCACAAAAAUCUACGAGCAGAAGGUUUGUUUCGGGUGCCAGGCAACAGCAUCAGGCAGCAGAUGCUGAAGGAUGCUCUGAACAGUGGUACAGAUAUUGACCUGGACUCUGGAGAGUUUCAUUCCAACGAUGUGGCCACCCUGCUGAAGAUGUUCCUGGGUGAAUUACCAGAGCCCCUGCUGACACACAAGCACUUCCAUGCCCACCUCAAAAUUGCAGACUUGACGCUGUUUGAUGAGAAGGGAAAUAAGACCAGCACUCCGGACAAAGAGCGCCAAAUUGAAGCCCUCCAGCUGCUCUUCUUGAUCCUUCCUGCACCCAACCGCAGCUUACUCAAACUGCUGCUGGAUUUGCUCUACCAGACCGCCAAGAAGCAGGACAAGAACAAGAUGUCUGCCCACAAUCUUGCCCUCAUGUUCGCGCCCCACAUCCUGUGGCCCAGAAAUGUGACAGCAAAUGACCUGCAAGAGAAUAUCACAAAGCUAAACAAUGGAGUGACCUUCAUGAUCAAACACUCGCAGAAACUCUUCAAGGCCCCAGCGUACAUCCGGGAGUGUGCCAGGCUGCACUACCUGGGAUCCAGAGCCCACACGUCCAAGGAUGACCUGGAUUUGCUCACAUCUCCUGGCUCCAAGGAGCUGCAGCCCCUCAAGUCUCAGAAGCGAGGCCGACUGGACUCUUGCCAUCCGGAGGAGACCCAGCAGCGCACGGAGGCGGCUCUGAGGGAGCUCUUUCGCCAUGUCCACAAUAUGCCUGACUCUGCAAAGAAGAAAAAGCUCAUUCGGCAGUUUAAUAAGCAUCCUUCAGCUCUCACUCCCGGCUCCGAAGCGGCCACACCCCCAGCACCACGACGUACCCGCUCGCGCUCCUUCAGCGGCCUCAUUAAGCGGAAGGUUUUGGGAACCCCAGUUAUUGUGGAGAGGAAGAGCAGGGACACCACACCGGAGCCCAAACGAGCCAGCAAAGAGAACAUCCACCUGUUACAGAAAUGUGGAUCUCCGGCUCACACGUCCCAAGCAAAACUGAAAACUUUGGAGGGCCGGAAAGAGGACUCCUGUAGGCGCAUGCGAGCCCACCUGCUUUCCAAGGACUCCUCAUCCCUCUGAAUGGCUUCGCACCGACGCACGGGUGGGGAGUGCCCGGCCUCGCAAGCUGUGAAUACUGUGCUGCACUGAGCGGGGAGCCUGCAGCCCUUACCAACACUCCAGCACCCGUGAAACCGGACCUUGGCAAAGACUGCAGGGACUUGUUUUGUUCUGUACAUAAAUUACAUUUCAUUCUACUAUGGGGCAAACCACUAUCUAACCAAAACCUGUGCAGCAUGUCUGACCUACCGGCUCUGGGAAGAGCUGCUUACAAGGGGAGCCCUGUGCGUUGUGGGGCCCUGUUUUACUCCCAGCUUUCUCUGCAAUGUUGUUAGACUGUAUUCUUUGUUCUUUCUGCUCUGGGUGUUUAA